AUGAAAAUCGUGUUCAAGAUGUUCAAGAAGAGCAUGAAAACGAUGCAAAGCAGGAGGGUGAGGGCGCAUCAGAUGAAGAAAAUAGUGUUCAAGAUAUUCAAGAAGAGCAUGAAAACGAUGCAAAGCAGGCGCGGUAGGAAGGCAGACAUGUGGUGA